AUGCCCUCUGUCAGAGCCGUGCGCUGGCAUGGAAAUCGGGACAUACGGCUAGAUCACUUGGAAUUACCUCCUCUGGAGUAUGGACAAGUAAGAAUAGCCCCGGCGUGGUGUGGUAUAUGUGGCUCGGAUCUUGGAGAAUGGGAGCAUGGUCCAGUAAGAUACUUCUAUAACCUUCCAGGAUGUCCUACAGUCGUCGGCCAUGAAUUUACUGGUAUCGUUCGAGAGGUACAUCCUUCGGUCAAAACAAUUAAGCCUGGUACACGUGCAGUAAUCCUUCCUGCUGAUGGGGAUGAUUCUUGCCGUAUGUGUGUUCGAGGAUGCCAUUCAAGCUGCGAGCGUUUGAAAUUAUACGGAUAUCAAUCUAACGGCGGUCUUACGGAUCUAGCUACAGUCAAAGCAUCUAUGUGUUUUGAGCUACCAGAUUCAAUCCCCUUCGAUAUUGGUGCUUUGAUUGAACCACUGGCGGUGGCUUGGAAUGCUAUCGAAGGUUCGGGAUUUCAAGCAGCAACGCAUCGAGCACUUGUCAUAGGAACCGGGACUAUAGGACUCGGAACUACCGCUUGCUUGGUUGCUAUGGGUGUCGAACCUAGCCGCAUCAUGGUUGUAGGUCGAAACGCCAUGCGUAACGAGAAGGCGCGCGAGUACGGAAUCAACAAUGUCUACAGCAGUACGGAUAUAAAUCUAGUGCAAAAAGCAAAGGAUUUGUUUGAGAAAGUCGGUCCUGACGUUGUUUUUGAUGCUGCUGCUACGCCUUCUACUUUUGCACAAGGGCUAUCAUGUUUAAGAGUCGGAGGUGUAUACUGGGCAUAUGGAAUAUAUCAUGAGAAUAUUGAUGGGUUUGACGCGACUCAGAUACCUUUGCGUCGGUUGACACUUAAGGGAGCUCUUGGAUACGAUGAUCAUAUUUUCCCUGCCGUAAUUAGAGCGCUCGAUGAUGGAAGACUCAAUCACGAUCUAUUACGGUCGUGGAUUACUGGUCGAAUCCUACUUGAGGAUACACAGGAGAAGGGAUUAGGAGAACUGGCAAUGAAUAAGGGUGAACAUAUAAAGAUUCUUGUACAGGUCAACAAGAUGUAG